AAAAAGGUUUGUCUCUAAACAACAGCUAUUCUUUCAUUUCUGCAAACACACUGACUCCAGUUGGACAUUUAAAGCUAAAAAUGAGCAAAAACUAUUUGUCGAGGAACGAUGAGCUUCGCAGAGGAGACCAUCUCAUGUCCAACAAUGGACAGUGGAAGGCAAUUUUCCAGGAUGAUGGAAACUUUGUCAUCUACGGCUGGAAGCCCGUGUGGGGCUCAGACACCAGUAAAUCUGAUGCAGUCCGCCUGAUCAUGCAGGAGGAUUGCAACCUGGUGAUGUACAACCAGUCUGACACCCCUAGAUGGCACACCAGCACCGGGCAGCAAGGCUCUCAUGUUUGCCGUCUUCAGCUGACUGAUGAUGGCAAAAUGAUCGUGUACAAAGACUCCAAGGAAAUGUGGAGCUCUGCCAACUCCACAGGCAAGAAGUGAAGCUGCAAUUUGCCAUUACAACGCUCACCAGUUUGAGUCCUCUGCAUUUACAAUUACUCUUUAACUGAGAUUUUCGAGUCUUAGCUAAACUUCUUAGUUUUCUGAAAUGUAUCAAAUCCAGCGCAGAAAUAUAAUAAACAUGUUUUUCUUCCUG